AUGGAUCUACUCAAGGAGACAUGCAUGAUCAAUUGCAAACCUAUUGAUACCCCUAUGGACCCCAAUCAUAAAUUGUAUAGCCGAACAACUGAAGCCGAAGUUGAUCAAACACGGUAUCAAAAGCUUGUUGGAAAGCUCAUAUAUUUGGCUCACACUAGACUUGACAUUGGGUUCACUGUAAUUAUGGUGAGUUGUUUCAUGAACAACCCAUCUAAGACUCACAUGGAGGCUGUUAUGCGAAUUCUGAGUUAUUUGAAAUCUGCCUCGGGCUUGGGUUUGCUGUUUAGAAAGUCUCACAGACGAGGGCUUGAAGUGUUCAAAGAUGCCAAUUGGGAUGGCUCUCAAGUUGAUAGGAAAUCAACCUCGAGUAUGUGCACCUUUGUUUGGGGAAACCUUGUACUUGGAGGAGCAAGAAGCAAACCAUCGUUGCUUGAAGUAGUGCAGAAGCAGAACUCUGAUCUCUUGCGAAUGGUGUAUGUGAGGGAUUAUGGAUUCGUAGAUUUUAGGUGA